CUCGUCUUUUUCUCACUCACUUCCUGCCCACGCGUUGCACCUUCCUGUGCACCGCGCCGAGCCCAACAGAUGCCGCGGACUUCCUGGACGCUCAGCCGCGUAUUCAGAGAAGCUGUUUCGAGCCGGAGUCAACAGAUGAAACGCUGAGGUUUCGAUGGCCCCGCUCCAAAGCGUGACAGUGGAGCUGAGGGAUUAGGGCACAAACGCUCAGCGCAUCUGAAAGUAAACCUCAGCCUUUUCAUCCUGUUGUGGCGGCCGCCCGGUGUGUGGAGCAGUGAGCUCAUGCACUAGAAGCCUAUCUCAUAAUGGUCAUGUGAAUCUUACCUCUGAGCUUAUUUUCUUCUGACUAAACUGUAAACAAAUUGGUCCUUUUCCUUACAAACACAAGCAUCAUUUCCAGCCAAAGCCACAGACAUUUGAAUGGUUCCAGGCCCUUUUUGCAUGUGUGCAUCGUCUCGGUGCCUCGACUUCCAACUCCUGGUUAUUAGUCUUUUUCCCAGCGGGGAACAGGUUGGAGUGCGGGCCAGAAGCUGAGGAUCUGUAACGGGCUACUUUCUGGGUAGGUGUGGACUGAGUGUGAGGCUGCCGUGGCCUCAGAGCAAACACCUGCGGAGGGAGGGGUCACGAUGGCGCUCGGCGUUGAGCGGCGCUGCAGGGAGCGUCGCAGAUCACUCGCUCGGAGCUUCAGUGGCUGAGAGCGGCGAUCAUAUGGGAGCCAGCUUCCUCCCGGCUGCCUCCACCUGAGAACACAGGUUUUAAAGGCACAUUUGCUCAGGAUCCGUCGCACCUGCCAAAAUGGAUAAGUUCCGUAUGAUGUUCCAGUUCCUCCAGUCCAACCAGGAGUCCUUCAUGAAUGGGAUCUGUGGGAUCAUGGCACUGGCUAGCGCCCAAAUGUACUCGGUCUUUGAGUUCAGCUGCCCCUGCAUGCCGGAAUACAACUACACCUAUGGGAUGGCGCUGCUGGUCGUUCCGCCCAUAUGGUUCUUUCUCCUAGGGUUUGUGCUGAACAACAACGUGUCGGUGCUGGCAGAGGAGUGGAAGAGGCCCACCGGCAGACGGAGGAAGGACCCCUCAAUCCUCCGCUACAUGUUUUGUUCCAUCACACAGAGGUCCCUGAUAGCCCCCGCGGUGUGGGUGUGCGUCACGCUCAUGGACGGCAAGAGCUUCCUCUGCGCCUUCAGCGUCAACUUGGAUAUCGACAGGUUCGGGAAUCACAGCCUCAUCACAGGGAUGUCGGAGGCGGAGAAGUUAAAGCUGCUGGCGAGGAUUCCGUGCAAAGACCUGUUUGAGCAUCAGGAGAUACGAGUGGCAGCAACGCGGUACAUCAAGUGCAUAUCUCAGGCAUGUGGCUGGAUGGUCUUGCUCAUGAUGACCUUCACGGCCUUCCUGAUCCGGGCCAUUCGACCGUGCUUCACCCAGGCGGCCUUCCUCAAGACCAAGUACUGGUCCCACUACAUUGACAUCGAGCGAAAGAUGUUCGACGAGACCUGCAAGGAGCACGCCAAGAGCUUCGCCAAGGUCUGCAUCCACCAGUACUUCGAGAGCAUCAGCGGCGAGAUGGGGCACCUGCACCGGCAUCACUCGGGCAAGGACGAGAGCGAGGAAGAGGAGGAGAAGAAGAGCGACGAAGACAAGCUGCUGGGCAUCAGGGUCCAGGACGACAUGAACAAGGUUCUGUGGAACUGGCACACCUGCAAACCGGCUCUGGCCCUGAGAAAGGACCAGACCGAUGGAGAGAACAAUGGCAAAAUGAAUGGCGGCGCCAACGGGGCAGCGAGCGGCUUUGUGAACGGACACGCCCACGAUGUGGCGAAGAAAGAGUGGGCGGUGUACUACAGUAAGAUCUGAUGUGUUCGAAUGGGACAAAGACAAGCGCUCUGCAAGUUUGCUUUACUUUCACAUUAAGAGAUUCACUGCAAUACAUUCAUAAAACAAAACCUAAGAUCAACAUAUUCUUAGUUCUGAUCCAGUUCCAGUUUGUGUGCGUUUCGUUUGCUGUUUUCAUUUUCCCAUUUAUGGAUUUUAUUUAAAGCUGGUGGUGAACGUCAAUGGACCUAAAUAGAUUGUUGUUUUUGAAAUAAUCUCGCAGCUGUUAUCGCCAUCUCGGGCUGCAGUGACCUGUGCUCAGAUGCUCCAUGGAGCCACUUCGCAGCUUCCAACGCAAACCUUUAUCUCUUCUGGCUCGUGUAGCCAGGACUUAUCGGAGUCAACUUUUCCCCACAAAAAAAGCGAAACCCCGCUGCUGCUCGGCGCCGCGGAGUCGCGUCCGGCCUCGAACCUCGUGGAGGACAGAUAACCCUGGGCCCCGCCGUGCAUGCAAAGACAGAAGGCUGCGGCAGCCAAAACAAUUUACAUGCCUCUGGGAAAACGAGGGCAACAUUUACAUCUCUCUCUGACGCUCGCUCGUCCCUUUUAGGUUUGUUGUUUUGUUUUUGUUUUUUCCAUAGAAAUGCAUUUGCUGCCUUUAAAUAAACCACGUGUUCACAUCACUGCUAUAAUAGGAGCGAAUGUCAACAACAUGCGAACAGUUGUGUGUCAGGUCGAUACGGGAGCGUCGCCACGACAACGGCGCGGCCUCGUGGCUGCAUCCACGGGCGCGCUGAGGCUCGGCCCGUCCAGCUGUUGCUAUUGUCAUUACCCAGCAAUGGGGCGGAGGGAAUGAGAAUGGCACGGGUCCGCUGAAGCCCCUCCCUCCCCCCCGGGGGAUUAGAGGAGCAGCCCUCCCCUUGACCGGCUCACCGCUCACCCAGUGGCCCAGCAGCUGUUCUCUCCCUCCCUCACCCCGUCUGCACCAGGG